AUGAAUUUCUGGGUGGCUGCCUGUCUUCCUACCAUCGCUCUCUCGGGGCUGGAUCUCCCUCCGCUUUCAUCGUUCCCUCCGCCUCCAUCUCCAAUCCCACUCCAUUCUUUCAUGCGCCCCUUUCUGAAGGAAGUUGAUUUUCCUUUGUCGCUCUUCGUCGCACAUUGUUCACGUGAUCCCUCGUCGUCGCACAUUGUCUACGAGAUCCCACUGUUCCUUUUUCAACUACGCCAUCCCGGAGGCCGUCAGUCAGAUUUCGGACCUCGUCGCCUUCCAUCCGCGUCGCCUUCCAUCCCGCGCACCGCGCCACUUCCCUUGCCGCCGCCGGUUCCCACGUGUCCUCCUCCACCCUCUCUCCACCUCGCGCCCUCCCCAGGACCCGCGCUAGUGUCAGCCGCGUUUGCGCCUGCGCCACCCGCAGGGCAUGUCUCCCGUCGCCAAUUUCGCUGCUGCGCCGCUCGUCUUUUGAUUCAUUCCGCGCGACGGGCCGUCAUGAGGCUGCGGCGGGGUUCGCUGCGCGGCAGCGGCGCGCGCGGGGGCGGCGACACGCCGCGGUAUCUGGUGAACUCGCUGGCGGUGGCGUUCGUGGUGUCGCUGCUGUUCCUCUACCGCCUGCAGCGCCAGGAGCGCCAGGAGCAACAGCAGCAGCAGCGCGCCGAGCAGCAGCAGCAGCACCCCGCGCUCGACGUCGGGGGUGGCGGAGGGGGGAGGGGGGGGGAUGUCACAAGCGGCGGUGGUGAGGGGGCGAGGGAGUUACGCGUUAGCGGCGGUGGGGUGGAUGGUGGCGGAGGUGGCGGGGGGGCGGGGAGCGACGCAGGGGGGGACAAGGGGGCCGGACAUGGGCGGAGUGACGGUGGUGGGGCAGCUGGGGAAGACGGUAGUGAGGGCGAUGGCGGGGGAGGGACGGACGACAAUGGCGGAGAAGACGAGGAGGCGCGGGAGGUGCGUGGAAAAGAGAGUGGGGAGUCGUCUGGAGGAGAAGUAGAGGCAAGUGCGGGAGGCAGCACCAAGUUGACUUCCGAGGCUGGCGGUGAUAGUGGUGGUGAUAGCGGUGGUGAUAGCGGUGGUGAUAGCGGUGGUGAUAGUGGUGGUGGAAGGGAAGAGGUGGUGGCGGAUGGGAAUGGCGGGGAAAGUGACACGGGCACGAGCGAGGCCAGUGAAGACAGCGGCUCGAGCAGUGUGGCAGAGGGUAGUGAGGGCGAGAGCGAAAGCAGCGGGGAUAGUGGUAAGCGUGGGAGUCUGGCUGAUGGUGGGGAGGAGGGCACGGGAGGCGUGGGGAGCACAGGUGAUACAGAGAGUGAGAAGGGCACGGGGAUGGGUGAUAAGGAAAUAAGCAGUGAUGGGGGGCAUGCGGAGGGGCCGGGUGGUGCAGAUGAGGGUGAGGGGGACGGUGCUGGUGGUGGGGACGGCAAGGGCGUGGAGGGGGGUAAGGAGGCCGAGGAGGGGAGCAAUACUGGUUCUGGUGCUGAGCGGGGAGGGCAGGCAAAGGAGGCGGAGGAGGGGAGUGGCAGUGAGAGCAGUGCAGUGCAUGGCGGUGGCGAUGUGGAAGGUGCAGGUGCGGAGACAGACGCCGGUGUUGUGACGGAGCAAGGGAGGAGUGGCGAUGAGGGUGAUGGAGAUGGUGGGAGCGCGAUUGUGAGUGGCGGCAAGGUGGGGAAGAGCGAAGCUGUGGAGGCGGGUGAUGCAGUAGAGGAAGGGAGGGUCAAGGCGAAGAAGAAGAAGGCCUCGGGCAAGAAGAAGAGCAAGAAGGGCAAGAAGCGCAAGAAGAAAAAGAUCAAGAAGGCUAAGGUUGCUGAUGAGUGA